AAGUCAAAACCCUCCCCAGGUUUAAGUUUGAUUGUUCCCCCCGUUUUUAUCCAGAGCUUCCCAGGCGCGAACGAAUAACAAUGGCAGCGCGAUUCUUGAUUUCAAGAAGUUCAUCCAAAAACCUCACCCAACUUCUCCGACCAUGUCUCCAGCAAUCUCACUUCCUCACCACCGCCACCUUUCACUCUUUGGCACCUCUUCCCAGAAACUCAAGGGGCUUUUCCUCUGAACCUCCCGCCUUUGCCUCUGAUACCCGUGUCCCCGCUACCGUCAUCACUGGUUUUCUCGGCUCUGGAAAGACUACUCUCCUAAACCAUAUUUUAACAGCUCAACAUGGCAAACGUAUUGCUGUUAUUGAGAACGAGUUUGGUGAGGUGGAUAUUGAUGGAUCAUUGGUUGCUAGUCAUUCAUCUGCAUCUGAAGAAGACAUUGUCAUGGUCAAUAAUGGUUGCCUAUGCUGUACCGUGCGUGGAGAUCUUGUUAAAAUGCUCUUGGAGCUGGUUAAGAAAAGAAAGGACAAAUUUGAUCAUAUUGUUAUAGAAACCACAGGUCUUGCUAAGCCAGGCCCUGUUAUAGAAACCUUUUGUUCUGAUGAACUGGUUUCACGAUAUGUGAAACUGGAUGGAGUUGUCACCUUAGUUGACUCAAAGCAUGCCAUGAAGCAUCUCAAUGAAGCUAAACCAAGAUUUGUUGUGAAUGAGGCAGUUGAGCAGGUUGCUUAUGCUGACCGUAUAAUUUUGAACAAGAUAGAUUUGGUGACUGAGGGUGACUUGGAGACACUGACUGAUAAAAUCAAGCACAUUAAUAGCAUGGCACAAAUCAAGAGAGCGAAAUUUGGAGCUGUAGACAUGGACUUUGUUUUAGGAGUUGGAGGAUAUGAUCUAGAAAGAAUUGAUUCUGAAGUUCACGUACAUAAUUCUCACUGUGGCAACCAUGAACAUGACAUGCAUGGGCAGCACAAGGAGCAUCAUCAUAAUCAUUUGCACGAUUCUGCUGUCUCUAGUGUUAGCAUUGUUUCUGAGGGAACCCUUGAUCUAGAUGAGGUUGACGAUUGGCUUCAAAGAUUGAUUGAAGAGAAAGGAGAGGACCUAUAUAGAAUGAAGGGAGUCCUGUCUGUCAAUGGUUUUGAUCAGCGAUAUGUUUUUCAGGGAGUGCAUUCGACAUUGGAUGGCUGCCCAGGAAAAAUGUGGGAACCUGAUGAGAAGAGGACCAACAAGCUCGUAUUCAUAGGAAGAAAUUUGGAUGAGACUGCCCUUAGAAAAGGUUUCAAAGGCUGUCUAGUUUGAUUGAAAGCUAAAAUGGUUAUAAACCCUUGUUGCUGCUUGUAUUGCCAUGACCUAUCCUUAGGUAGGUGGGUUCAUCUUCUGUACCAAUCAUAUGUCCCAUCACCCACCUGGUGCAUAAGUAUGGCAAUGUUUGCUCACGUUGCCAACUCCAUGGUCAGCAGCUACUCUCUCCUCUGCUGCUAGGUAGUAGAGGCACUGCUGCUUAGCUAAAUACACCUUGAAAUCCUCUUGGAAUCCCUUGUAUACCUGUUAAACCCUGAGGUCUGAACACCAAACUGCUGUGAUGUGCUUAAUUUGAUUAGUUUCCUUAAUUUGGGCAGAUGAAUUCAGUUGCCUU